UAAUCACAACCCUUAUCGCGGCCUCGUCCUAUUUAAAGGAACAGGCAGUCAAUGUGUUUUUGUUUUCGUUCUCAGUUUAAAAAAAAACAACGAGCUGCCUGGAACUUGUACUCAGCACAGAGACCACAGACCCGGAAACUACUGCUACUACUUAAAAAAAUACUGGACAAUGUCCACAACAGGCCAGGUGAUCAAGUGCAGGGCAGCCGUUGCUUGGGAACAUGGCCAGCCUCUGGUCAUUGAGGAUGUGGAGGUGGCCCCACCUAAGGCCCAUGAAGUCCGCAUUAGGAAUGUUGCCACAGGCGUGUGCCACACAGACUGGGAGUACAUGUAUGGGACUGGGGAAGGGAUGAAGCCGAGACCGUUCCCGUUGGUUCUCGGCCACGAAGCAGCCGGAGUAGUGGAGAGCGUUGGUCCGGGAGUCACCAUAUUCUCCCCGGGGGAUCAAGUUAUUCCUCUUUUUCUGCCUCAGUGUGGGGAAUGUGAACGGUGUCUGAGCCCAAAAACAAAUCAAUGCAGGAAAAACUGGGCAAACACACAAAUGGGCGUUUUGGCUGAUGGCACAAGCAGGAUAUCUUGCAGGGGACAGCAGGUGUACCAGUUCCUCGGUGUCAGCUCUUUCUCCCAGUACACCGUGGUUCCCGACACCUCGCUUGCAAAGAUAAGAAGCGAUGCACCGCUGGACAAAGUUUGUUUGCUUGGUUGUGGGGUUUCCACGGGUUACGGUGCGGCUCUGAAAACAGGCAAGCGGGUUCACAGAUGUGGCUUUCACAGCUGUGACUCCCACACUGUGCGACUUCAGGUGGAAAAAGAUGCCUCGUGCGCCGUGUUUGGGCUCGGAUGUGUUGGGCUGGCCGCCGUCAUGGGAUGCCGGGCUGCCGGGGCGAGAAGGAUCAUCGGGGUCGACGUCAACCCCGACAAGUUUGCGAAAGCCGCGGCGCUCGGAGCCACUGAAUGUGUCAACCCCGCGGAUCACGGCAAGCCCAUCCAGGAGGUUUUGGCGGAGAUGACAGACGGAGGGGUGGACUACGCUCUGGAGUGUGUCGGGAGUCCAGCUGUCAUGAGUGCCGCGCUCGAGUCCACGGUCGACGCCUGGGGCACCUGUGUGAUCGCUGGGUGGACAGAGAGAGAAGCAAUGAAAGUCAAGGUGGAACAGAUCCUGUUGGGACGCACCUUGAAGGGGACUUAUUUCGGAGGUUGGAAGAGCGUGCAGGACGUGCCUCGACUGGUGGACGACUACAUGAACCACAAGCUGAAGCUGGACGAGUUUAUCACCCACAACCUCCCUCUGGAUCAAAUCAAUGUGGCCUUUGACCUUUUGAACAGUGGGAAAAGCAUUCGCACUGUGAUCACUCUAUGAGACUCUCGACAGGAGGCAAAACCUAUCGACAAGGAGGAGGGUUGACAUUCACUCCCGUUGCUAUGGUAACUAUUGUGAUUUUUUCAAACACAAUUCUGCCGUGAAUUUGCGAAGAUUAUUAUUAGGCAUUUCUUGAAAUAUAUCAAUGAUUCAUAUUUUUCAGUGCUUGACUUUGUGGCAAGUGAGCAUGUUAGCCACUAGAUGGCAGUCUUGUGUCAUGUAAAAGCCUCUGUCUGUGUCCAGAGAUACAUCCAACUUUUAUAAAUGGAAUUCUACCUGCAACGAA